AUGGAAGUCGCAACAGUGAACCGCCCAGACCACGCCGUGGUAUUUCACCAGCGAGACAACCCCCGAAUGGACACAGUGGCGCCAAACCAGACCGGCGCCUUCGUCUUCCACCCGCCCAGGAGCAGGCGGCGACAUGGGCACCACAACCACCACCACCGGGGUCCCUACUACCACAACUACCCCUCAGACUCGGACACAGAAUCCACACUGUCCACGCGGUCCUCGUGUUCCUCCACCACGGACAGCGAUGGCGACGACGACAGUGUGUACUACCACGGCCACCGCGUCUCCUUCCGGCCGCGGCACCACCGCGCGACGAGGAGGAGGCAUUGGUGGUGGGGCGGCUGGCCGCGGAGGGGCGUGCUCGCGUGCCCGGAGCCCUCCUACUAUACGUCGCCGCCAUGGACAGCCGUGACCAGUUCUGGGCUGGGUGUUUUAGGUGCAGCUGGUCUGGUACCUGCGGCGGCGGCGUCGGCGGCGGGGUUCGUCACCACCACGGCGGGGACUGUGGUGCCGCAGUUGCACCUUCAGCAGGCGCAGCCUCAACAGCAGCAGCAGCAGCAGCAGCAGCCGCGAAGGUAUGGCUACCGCCGGUUCCACUACCAGGGCGGCGAGAGGCACCAAACCGCAAUACCGAGCUGGGCCACCGGCUCCCAGACCUCCCCCUGGCGCUACGGCGGGCCCAACGGCAACCAGAACAGCGGACCAGGAGACACGGUCGGCCCGGGCGGGACCAUCGAGGAGGUCGAGGAGGGCGGGACCGCCCCCGCCCAGCCGCCGACGACCGUCCAGCCGACGGCGGUGCUCCCCGUGCCCGUGGCCACGCCCGCCGCGAUCGACCCGUACGACCACUACCACCUCAGCGACGAGGAAAGAGGAGGGAGGGGGAGGCGGAGGAGGAGCAGACACUCGCGCAGGCGACGCCACAGGGACGACGUCGACAACGGCAUGCUGGGGCUCGUGGAGCGGGAGCGGCGGCGCGACAGCGAGCGGCAGAUGGCUGAUGCGGACGCGAGCCACCGGCGCGAGGCCAUGAUGAUGGAGCUGAUGGAGAGGGCGCGGCGCGGGGACAGGGACAGGGACAGGGCCGGUGGCUCGCCGGGGAGGCUGGACGCCCGGGAUAUCCUGGGGGUGUUGCUGGAUGGUGUCGUUGCUGAGAGGAAGGGCCGGCGUGGGGGAGGAGGGCGGCGUGGGGAUGAUGUCGAGGAGGAGGAGGGUGGUGGGGGCAAGGAUGGGCGUGAAGACGGGCUGAGGGGCGCUCUGGACGCGCUCAGCCGGCGGGUGGACGAGAUGGUGCUUUCGGGGCGGGAGGAGGCGGCGGUCGCUGCUACGUCCGGGGGGAGGAAGAUGAAGACAGAUGUGGCGCCGAGGGUCAAGUUCAACAAGGUCGACUCCGACUCUGGCUCGGGUGUCAACCGUAACGACGGCGGUGGGGCUGGUGGCGGCAAGGUCAUCUUCAGUCGCCGCGGGGAAGAUGGCGAUCAAGCUGAUACUGACACCGACGAGACAAGCAGGCCUUCAUUGGUAGGUGGUGGACGGGGCGUAAGAAGGGGCCGUACAUUGAAAAGAGCCGGGUCGGCGUCGACAUCAGCAGACUGA